GGGCGGGGUCGCCGGGCGGGACGGGGCGCGCGGAAGCCGGCGGGCGCCGGGAGUGGCGGCGGUCCGGUCCUCGGAGGAGGCUGCGCCCCUGUUCGCCCGAGGCGGGCCCUCGCUCCUCCCCGCCGCACCCGCGGGCUUCGGUCCCUUUAAAGGGCGCGGACCUGCCCGCUGUGCUCAGCCCGCCCUCCGCCGCCGCCAUGGCCCAGCAGCUGCUGCAGGAAAAGCUGACCUGCGCCAUCUGCCUGGAGCUCUACCAGGACCCGGUGACGCUGUCCUGCGGCCACAACUUCUGCGCGGACUGCAUCCGGGACUGGUUGCGCUCCCGCGUGGAGUGCCCCGAGUGCCGGGAGCUCUGCCCCGCGCGCGCCGAGCUGCGCCGCAACGUGGCCCUGAGCGACGUGGUCGCGGUGGUGCGCGCCGAGCCCCCGGCCGCCGGCCCCGACCCCGGCCCCGACCCCGACCCCGGCCCCGACCCCGACCCGGGCGCGCGCUGCCCGCUGCACGGCCGGCCGCUCGAGCUCUUCUGCCGCACCGAGGGCCGCUGCGUGUGCAGCGCGUGCACCGUGGGCGACUGUCGCCUCCACGAGCGGGUGCUGCUGGACGCUGAGCGCCGGGAGCGCGAGGCCCAGCUGAGAGCCACGCUGGAGGUCACCCGGCAGCAGGCCACCCAGGCCGAGAGCCAGCUACAGGGGCUGCAGCAGCGAAGCAGCCAGAUCCAGAGCUCGGCCUGCAACCUGGCUUCCAUGGUCUCUGGCAAGUUCAGCCGCCUGCUGCAGGCCCUGGAGAUGCGUCACAUCAAGGCACUGCAGGCCAUCGAGGUGGCCAAGACACAGGCACUGGCACAGGCCCAGGAGGAGGAGCAGCGGCUACGGGGCCACCUGGAGGCCACGGCUGCCUUUGACCGCUGGACCCAGGACCUCCUGGAGCAGUCGGAUGACCGAACCUUCGUCCAGGGAUCACAGCUCCUGGCGCCCCCAGGGCCUCUUGGGCCGCUGACCCCUCCACAGUGGGAUGCAGAUCAGCAGCUGGACGGCCUGAAGGAAUUUCUGAACCAGCUCUGUGGCCUCCUCCUGGACAAUGGGGACCCCCACGGGGCACCAGCUGAGGCGGCUGACUUGGGUCCCCCGGAGACUCCAGAUGCCCUGGCAUUAGUCCCAAGCCCGGUUUGUCCGCUGAGGAGGAAACUCUGGCAGAAUUAUCGCAAUCUGACCUUCGACCCAGGGAGUGCCAACCGCCACCUUUACCUGUCUCGGCAGGACCAGCGGGUGGAGCACCGGCGAGAGCCCCGAGGCCUGGUUGAGCCAGGCAGCUUCGAGCUCUGGCAGGUGCAGUGUGCCCAGAGCUUCCAGUCUGGACGGCACUACUGGGAGGUGCACACAUCGAACCACUUGGUGACACUGGGCGUCGCCUACCCCGACCUGGCACGGCACAAGCUGGGGCCCUACACGGACAACAUCGGCCGUGGGCCCAGCUCGUGGGGGCUCUGUGUUCAGGAGGACAGCGCCCAGGCCUGGCACAAUGGGGAGGUCCAGCGCCUCCGAGGGGUGCCAGGGAAGCUGCUGGGCGUGGACUUGGACCUGACCUCUGGUUGCCUCACCUUCUACAGCCUGGAGCCUGAGACCCAGUGCCUACACACCUUCCACGCCAUCUUCACCCAGCCCCUCCACCCUGUCUUCUGGCUCCUGGAGGGUAGAACCCUGACCCUGUGCCAUCGGCCUGAGGCCAGGCUCCCUCCAGGGCUCCAGGAAGAGGCCUCGGGGCUCAGCUGAGAAGGCACAGGAUGGAACUCCGGGCUGGGCACAGGAGCCACCAUGCCUGUGUGCCCACGAGCCGCCCCAGCCCCUGGCCUGGGGACCUGCGGCCACAGCUCUCAUGGGGCCAGCUGUGGGCCAGCAGAUUGACUCGGGGUGAGGCUGGGCCACUUGUGGGGGUGGAGGGACCCCCAAACUGGAGUUAACUUUCCCAGCCUCUUUGAAGGGGACAGGGGCUAGGAAUAGAGUCAAAUGGGAGGCCCCUGCUCCAGGCAGAGACCAGUUCCAGGGGCGCCUGGGCGUCAGAGGCAAGGGCAGCGACCAGGGACUCCUGGUCCUACAGGAGAGCCCGUGCAAUGUGGUCCACACCACAGGCUGCGGCAAAAUAGUGCACGCGCUACCCCAGCGUGCCUCCCAGAGACAGUGUAGCCAGGGCAGCUGCGGGUGUGGGGAGGGAACCGCAAACUAUUCCUAGACACAGUCUCUGGAAAGGGGGUUUCUACCUCCUCCUUCCCUGUCUCUAUCUCUUCUUUUUUCCUUAUCAUUUUGCUAUAUUUUAGUCUCUUUUAUUUUGUACAUCCUUGUGGCUGCCACUCCAUAAACAGUUGUGUUUUCUACAUUUUUAUGUAACGUAAGCAUUUUUCACGUUAUAAAAAUUGUUUCCUGAACGAUGACCAUA